AUGAAUGCCAUCACUGCAUGUCUCAGGGCGCGAGCCCUCACAGCAUGGCUUGUGCUGCUCGUAUGCAUCCUCAAAUCUGUCGAUGCCCAGAGCUUAAUCGUACCGGGAGCCCUCUGGUACGACACCGAUGGCAACGAAAUACAGGCACAUGGAACGGGGAUCCUGACAGUCGGAAGCACGUUUUAUUGGUUUGGUGAAGAUAAGGCGAACAAUAACUAUUUAUUUUCUGCCGUCAGUUGCUAUAGUUCAACGGAUCUAGUCAAUUGGGCUCGCCACAAUGAUGCACUUACCCCUCUGGCUGGCACAAACAUUAGCACCUCUGACAUAGUUGAACGACCCAAAGUGAUAUACAACGAGAAGAAUGAGGAAUAUGUCAUGUGGUUCCACUCGGACAAUUCUGACUACGGUCUAGCCAUGGUCGGUGUCGCAACAGCGGAUACGCCCUGCGGCCCAUACUCCUACAGAGGUAGCUUCAAUCCGCUCGGAGCCCAAUCGCGUGACGAAAGCAUUUUCCAAGACGCUGCGAGAACAGCGUAUCUGUUGUACGCCAGUGACAAUAACCAGGAUUUCAAGAUUGCACGCCUCGAUUCCAACUACUACAAUGUCACAGAAGUGGUAUCCGAGAUGACUGGCGCAACUCUGGAAGCUCCAGGAAUGCUGAAGAGAGACGGAGUAUACUGGCUUUUGGCCUCGCACACCAGUGGAUGGGCCCCGAAUCCCAACAAAUACUUUUAUGCGACUAAUAUAUCGGGAAAUUGGUCCAGCCAAGCUGACAUAGCGCCAGAAGACACAGACACAUACUCCUCACAGAACGCGUACGACCUUCCCUUAGGCUCGGAUGCGAUAUAUAUGGGGGAUCGCUGGGACUCGAAUUUGUUGGGCAACAGCCGCUACGCAUGGUAUCCUCUCAGCUGGUCGACGGGUGAUCCACAGAUAGUAUACGCAGAUCUCUGGACCGUCGAUUACGAAGCUGGGACAUACUCAGUAGCGACCGGCACAACGUACCCAGCAGUCAAUGGCACACUGGGCGGGAGCUCGGAAUUGUUGGGAUCAAAUUACACAUACAACGGUUAUGAAGGUGUUGGAUAUCUCGGCAAUGGGGGUACCCUAACCAUGACCAUUGAUGGUAUUGGGGCGGAGCAAUGGGUAUCAUUGUACUAUGCAAACGCGGACUCGUCAUGGAGAAACACGACUAUCAGCGUCAAUGGUGGAUCAAACGUGGUCGUGGGUCAGGCUAAUACUGGGGGAGUCCAUGCGAUUCUCAGUGUGCCUGUUCAACUUUACCUCAAGCCGGGUUCAAACACCAUUAUCAUCGGUGCUAAUCAGACUGACUAUGCAGGGGAUAUGUACCAGGUUGUGGUGUACACCGAGACUUGAUCCACCAAGUAUCACAGUGCAUGCAUUCACAUUCUCCGAAGAUGUUUCUCGUAUAGGCAGUGAAUUUGUUCGUGCAAUACGAUGUUACUUUGGGAGGACAGGUU